AUGACGGCGAUCGCCACGUCGCAGAAGAAAGGCGUCGAGCUUGCGCCAGAGAGCGAGCGCUUCCUGCGGUGCUGCGCGGAUCUUGCCAACGCCCUGAUCGAAGACCACGAGGCCACCAAGAAUGGCCGGCCGGGACGAGACAUCAACCUCAACGCGCUGCGGGCGAAGCUGGCAAAGAAGCACAAGCUGGCCAAUAUUCCGCCGCUCACGGCCAUCAUUGCUGCGAUCCCCGAACACUACAAGAAAUACAUCCUCCCGAGACUCAUCGCAAAGCCCAUCCGAACAUCAUCUGGUAUUGCCGUUGUCGCCGUCAUGUGUAAACCGCAUCGAUGCCCGCACAUCGCCUACACUGGCAAUAUCUGCGUUUACUGCCCUGGAGGACCCGAUUCAGAUUUCGAGUACAGCACACAGUCCUACACUGGAUACGAACCGACUUCAAUGCGAGCCAUCCGCGCACGAUACGACCCGUUUGAGCAGGCCCGAGGUCGAGUAGACCAGCUCAAGAGCCUGGGACACUCUGUCGACAAAGUGGAGUACAUCAUAAUGGGAGGAACUUUCAUGUCCUUGCCUGAGUCAUAUCGAGAGGAUUUCAUCGCCCAGUUGCACAAUGCUCUCAGCGGAUAUCAGACUUCCAAGGUCGACGAGGCAGUUGAAGCCGGCGAGAUGAGCAACAUCAAAUGUGUCGGCAUCACCAUCGAGACACGGCCAGACUACUGUUUGCAACCCCACCUUUCAGACAUGCUGAGAUACGGCUGCACGAGAUUGGAGAUUGGAGUACAAUCUCUGUAUGAAGAUGUUGCGCGAGAUACCAACCGAGGUCACACCGUAGCGGCGGUGGCAGAGACGUUCUGCCUCGCCAAAGAUGCUGGCUACAAGGUAGUCAGCCACAUGAUGCCAGAUCUGCCUAAUGUGGGAAUGGAGCGUGACAUUGAUCAAUUCAGAGAAUACUUUGAAAACCCUGCCUUCAGAACGGAUGGCCUGAAGAUUUACCCCACACUUGUCAUUCGAGGAACAGGUCUAUAUGAGCUGUGGCGAACAGGAAGAUACCAAAACUAUACCCCCAACCAGCUCAUUGAUCUAGUGGCCAGAAUUAUGGCCCUUAUUCCACCCUGGACACGCAUCUACCGUGUUCAGCGAGAUAUUCCCAUGCCAUUGGUCACAUCCGGUGUCGAAAACGGAAACCUGAGAGAGUUGGCCUUGGCCCGAAUGAAGGAUUUCGGCACGACAUGCCGAGACGUGAGAACGAGAGAAGUCGGAGUCAACGAGGUCAAGCACAAGAUUAGGCCAAACCAGAUUGAGCUGGUUCGCCGAGACUACGUUGCUAACGGUGGAUGGGAGACAUUCCUCGCCUACGAAGAUCCUAAGCAAGAUAUCCUUGUCGCACUCCUGCGACUCCGUAAAUGUACGGAGAAGUAUACCUUCCGAGAGGAGCUCACGGGCCAGCCCACUAGCAUGAUCCGUGAGCUUCACGUUUAUGGUACUGCUGUGCCCAUUCACGCUCGUGAUCCCCGCAAGUUCCAGCAUCAAGGCUUUGGCACUCUACUGAUGGAGGAGGCUGAGAGGAUAGCCAGGGAGGAGCACGGAAGUGACAAGAUUAGCGUCAUUUCGGGUGUGGGUGUGAGAAGUUAUUACAAGAAGCUUGGCUACUGGCUGGAUGGUCCAUACAUGAGUAAGUGGCUCGAUGGACGGGAUGAAGCAGCAUGA